AAAAUUAAUGGAGCAAACCUUAAGAUGGAGGUUGACACGGGAGCUUCUGCAUCAAUCAUCAGUGAGGAGACUUAUGGGAAGUUAUGGACUAAUGAGCAGACACCAGCAUUAUGUGAGUCUUCCAUUACAUUGAGAACGUAUACAGGAGAGAUCAUUCCGGUAAUGGGUGCGACGGAAGUGACCAUUGCCUAUGGCAGCCAGGCGGCUGAAGCUCGCUUGCUCGUUGUCAAGGGAACAGGCCCGAGCCUGCUGGGGCGUGAUUGGCUCAGUAAAAUUCAGUUAAACUGGGGAGAGAUAAGACUCAUAAAAGGGCUUUGUGCUGGGGAUGUGGUUGCGAGGUAUCCAGAUGUGUUUAAGGAUGAGCUGGGCACCCUAAGGGGUACCACGGUGAAACUUUGCGUGGAGCCCAAUGCUACACCUCACUUCUUUAAACCCCGGUCUGUCCCAUAUGCAAUGAAGCAUAAAGUGGAAAAAGAGCUUGAGAGGCUUCAGCAGCUCGGUAUCAUUGAGCCAAUUAAAUUUUCAAACUGGGCAGCCCCAAUCGUUCCCGUGCUAAAAGGGGAUGGUACAGUCCGCAUUUGUGGAGACUAUAAGCUGACAAUCAAUCAAGCAGCGAAGUUGGAGACAUACCCUAUUCCAAGAGUGGAAGAUUUGUUCUCAAUGCUGGCGGGAGGAAAAACCUUCACUAAGCUUGACAUGAGUCAUGCCUAUCAACAGUCGUUGCUGGAUGAGGAGUCAAAACAAUACGUCACGAUCAACACUCACAAAGGGCUGUUCAAAUAUAACAGACUGGUGUUUGGAGUGGCGUCUAGCCCGGCCAUUUUUCAAAGAACAAUGGAAAACCUGUUGCAAAGAAUUCCAAACGUGGCAGUAUACCUCGAUGACAUUCUGGUCACUGGGAAGACAGAAGAGGAGCAUCUCAGUAACCUCGAACAGGUGCUCAAGAGGAUGUCAGAGGCAGGGCUGCGGCUAAAACAAUGCAAAUGUACAUUCCAGGCAGAGAGUGUAACCUACCUGGGUCAUCAAAUAUCAGCCCAUGGCCUCUUUCCAGUGGCAGAAAAAGUCAGGGCCAUCAAGGAGGCCCGCAAGCCGGGUAAUGUGUCGGAGCUUAAGUCAUUCCUUGGGAUGGUAACUUAUUACGGGAAGUUCUUGCCGGAGCUAUCAACUGUGCUGGGCCCGUUGUACAGGCUGUUACAUCAUGAUUGCCAGUGGAAGUGGGGAGGGGAGCAGGAGGCUGCUUUCACCAAAGGCAAAAAUCUGCUGCAGUCAGCCAGUGUAUUAGUCCAUUUUGACCCUGAGAAGGAGCUUACAGUGUCGUGUGAUGCCUCUCCAUAUGGCAUUGGGGCCGUUCUGUCGCACAUAAUGGAGGAGGGCUCAGAGAAACCCAUUGCAUUUGCGUCCAGGACGCUUACAAAAGCAGAGAAGGGUUAUUCUCAACUAGACAAAGAGGGCUUGGCAGUGGUAUUUGCUGUGAAGCGUUUUCACCAAUAUCUCUAUGGCCGUUCCUUCACAGUUUUCACGGACCAUAAGCCGUUGAUGAGCCUGUUCAGUGAGCAUAAGAGUGUUCCUUCCAUGGCAUCAGCUCGUAUCCAGAGGUGGGCACUGACAUUGUCUGCCUAUCAAUAUCGUAUAGUGUACAGAGCGGGAAAGGAGAAUGCCAAUGCGGAUGCAUUGAGCCGAUUGCCACUUCCAGACACCCCUGUGUCCACUCCUCUGCCUCCUGAAACUGUUUUCCUGCUGGAAAAGUUGAGUGACUCACCAGUGAGCGCGAAGCAGAUCAAAGCUUGGACAGAAAGGGACAAGGUCUUGUCAAAAGUCAAAAGAUUCGUGCUACAGGGUUGGCCAUCCAUUGUUGCAGAUGCGGAGUUGAAACCUUUUGAGAAAAGGAAAAAUGAGCUCUCAGUUCAGGAUGGUUGCAUCUUAUGGGGUUCAAGAGUGGUGGUGCCUCUGCCAGGGCGAGCCAGAGUCUUACAGGAGGUCCACAUAGCCCAUCCUGGGGUUUCACGCAUGAAGAGUUUAGCGAGGGCCUAUGUCUGGUGGCCAAAUAUGGAUCAGGAUAUCGAAAACAAGGUCCAACACUGCAGGGAGUGCCAGGAAAACCAGAAAAUGCCCCCACCCGUUUCUCUUCAGCCCUGGGAGUGGCCUAACAGGCCUUGGUCCAGGCUGCACUUGGAUUUUGCGGGUCCUUUCAUGGGGCGUAUGUUUUUGGUCAUGGUGGAUGCUCGCACAAAAUGGCUGGAAGCACACAUUUUGAAAAACAUUACAGCUGGCGUGACAAUUGACGCACUGCGCCAAGUGUUUUCAAUACACGGACUGCCGGAUGUGGUGGUAACUGAUAAUGGACCGACCUUUACAGGAGAGCUGUUUCAAGAAUUUGUCAAGAGGAAUGGAAUUAGACAUAUUCGUACAGCCCCUUUCCAUCCGGCAUCGAACGGGCUGGCCGAGAGAGCGGUGCAGACGUUGAAAACCGGUUUAAAGAAGAUGUCAGGGGAAAAUGUUGAAACUAACCUCUCUCGUUUUCUGUUCCAAUAUCGGAUUACACCGCAGACUACUACAGGCCUGGCGCCUGCAGAGAUGUUGCUGGGUCGGAAACCGAAAUCUCACCUGGAUUUGCUGCAUCCUGAUGUUGGGGAGAAAGUGAGAAUCCAGCAAGAAAAGCAGAAAGCGCGACAUGACAAGCAUGCAAGAGAACGGUGCUUCGGGGAAGGUGAGACGGUCUUUGUCAGGAAUUUUGCCAGAGGUCAGCGCUGGUUGCCGGGAGCCGUUUUGGGAAAAAGUGGUCCCCGCUCAUGUGUAGUGAGGCUGUCAGAUGGACGUGAUGUCCGUCGCCAUCAGGAUCAUGUGAGGAGCCGUCAUGUGGAGGAGCAGCAGGAGUGUGAGGAUCAAGUGGAAAGGGCUGAAAAACGAGAGAACUCUGACGUAACAGCUGUCUCGGUGCCACUGGGGGCACUGGUGCCUCCAGGAAGUGUACCAACCGUCCCUGAGGAAACUUCAGAGACUUUAAGGAGAUCAGGACGCCAAAAGAAAGCACCUAAUAGGCUUAAUCUUUAG